UAACUUCCGGUCCCCAUGUUUGUCCUGCGCACGGCUGUUUAGGGUUUCUAGAAAAUUCUGUUUCCUUCCGUAAGAAGCUCGCUGUCUCAAUCCAAAUCCAGCUUCAGCUACCCCCUCUAGAUCAAAUUGAAACCUCCAUUCACAGCGGCACCCACUCGCAUCGAUCUCCAUGGAUCAGCAAAACCACAGCACGCCGCAGGCGAUGGGCGUCGCCGCCUCUGUGACCUACCCUGCCGCCGCCGCCGCACCCUACCAAGCCGCCUAUCAGCAUCUCUACCACCAGCAGCAACAACAACAACAGCAGCAACUUCAAAUCUUCUGGGCCGAUCAAUACCGCGAGAUCGAGCAAACCACAGAUUUCAAGAACCACAAUCUCCCUUUAGCUCGCAUCAAGAAGAUCAUGAAGGCUGACGAGGACGUGCGGAUGAUCGCUGCCGAGGCGCCGGUGGUCUUCGCACGUGCCUGUGAGAUGUUUAUCCUUGAGCUCACCCACAGGGGAUGGGCUCACGCCGAGGAGAACAAGCGUCGGACUCUCCAAAAGAAUGAUAUCGCCGCUGCAAUCACCCGAACUGACGUCUUUGACUUCCUUGUGGAUAUAGUGCCGAGAGAGGAGGGGAGGGACGAAGCUGUUCCUAGGGCGAUCCCUGGUGGGCCGGUUGAUCCGCUGUACUACUACGUUCCGCAAUAAUUGAGGUGGCAAAUUGAGUGCCCUGCUGCCUUCUGUGUCCUGAGGCCUUAUUUAUGUUGCUGUUGAGGUUGUUCUUACCUUUAGAAAAUUAUCAUGGCCUCGCAUUCUCUAGUUUGCGUAGUUAAACGGCUUUGUUUAUCUAAACUUAUAUUUGAUCGCUAAAUUGGAUGUGAAAAUAUUUUAUGUUCUCUUAUAUUAGUAAUAUGUGCUUUCAGAAUCGUAAAUGAACCAGUUUGUGAUAGUUGAUAAGUCUGUUUAGCUU